CCGAAUUUGAAAUUCUGGUGAUGGCGGGGAUCAAAGGGAGCACCAGGAAGCGAGAGAGAGCAACUGGCGAUUCUCAUCGGAAUCCGUCGCUGGAGCAAGGAACGAAGGCGGAAGCCGACGAUCCGUUCGAUCGCGAAUUCUCAAGUGAUAUAAAGGGGAUCAUCUCAGCGUUGCAGCAGAUCAAAGAUAAGGCACAGAGGGACAGUCAGAAGAAAACGGAGGAGACUAUCUCCAGUCUGGCCUCAGAUAUCAAGUCGAUGGUUGACGAGGCUAAACAGAAGAUUGACAAGGAUAGGCAAAACUUUUUGAAAGCUCUGAUGAAGAGUUCAAAGGAGUGCGAGAACUCGUUGAAGGAUGAGGCAUCCAAAUUUCAAGCACUUGAUGACAAGUUCUGCAAGGAAAGAACCCAACAUUUGCAGGCUUUUCAAAAUAUAUUCUCCAAAUACGAAGAUGAAAAGGAGAAGCUAUUUGUCCGAUACGAACAACAGAGGAAAAAGGAAAAGGCUAUGUUAGCUAACCUUGAGAAGGCCUGUGGAGACAAGAUUGCAGCAGCUGAGUGUUCGCUUAAGAAGAAAAAGCAGGACGAUAAAUCUUUCAGCAUUUUGCGGAAAUCUCUGGGAUCCUUCUUGGGAGGUUCGUCUGAUGAUGAGUAUCCACCGGAAGAAGAUGAAUGAAGCAUCUAAGCUGA